UUUUUGUUUAUCGCUGAAUAGGAUAAGCAUGUAUGUAUGUAUGGCUGAAUGUUAAAAUAUAAUAUGUAAUUUGGAUUCAAUUCGAGUGAACUCCUUAUGUUGUGAAGUAGUGUCUGUUUAUCAAACUCCAGGAAACGCACAAUUAUUAUCAAGAAUAUUGUAUUGAUGAAUAAGUGGAUAUUUGAAGGGGUGUGCCAUCCCGUUUGAGAAUGAAUCUGCGAAUGACCAUAUUUCUCUUGGUAUGCUUAGGGUUUUCUUUAGCUGAGGAUGAUAUAGUCAUUCAACUCUGGGAGAAGAAGGGAAGAAUUCGUGGUCACGUUCUGAAAAGUGGAAAAGGAUUGGACUACUAUGCUUUUCAAAACAUUCCGUAUGCUGCACCACCCACUGGUCAAAAUAGAUUCAAGGAGCCUAAAGAACCUGAUGAUUGGGAAGGAAUAUUGAACACUACUGUGAAUGAAAGGGUCUGUAUGCAGAACAAUGCGACAGCUUAUACUAAGAUACCCAAUUCCAUGGAAAUAUCUGAAGAUUGUCUUUUUUUAAAUGUAUAUACUCCGAUGGUCAAACCGGAAGUAAGGCAAAGCAAGUAA